CGUAACGUCGCCUCCUCCUCUGACGUCAUCACGUCGCUCCGGAGUUCACUCAGCUGUGAGACUCCUCUGAAGACUCCUCCACCUCCUCCACCACCACCUCCACCUCCUCCUCCUCCAGGAACCCGCCGACCACUCGACUCCUCUGUGACCAUGGACCAGGCAGUGGUGGCAGCAGACGCAGCAAAGAGCCCGUGGGGUCCGGUGGCCCCGGCUCCUCCGGCCUGCUCUCUGGCUGACGUGAUGAGUGAACAGCUGGCCAAACAGCUGGAGGACGAGAACAUCGCCUUCCCAACGCUCACCCAUCCGGGUUCAGACCUCCUGCUCUCAGACGAGUCCUCAGAGACGACCAGCGACUUGAUGCUCGCCAAGAUGCUUCAGAUGCAGUUCGACCGUGAGUUUGACGAUCAGCUCCGUCGGGAGGAGAAGCGCUUCAACGGAGACAGUAAAGUGUCCAUCUCCUUUGAGAACUACCGCAUGGUCCAUCCGUACGAGGACAGCGACAGCUCAGAGGACGAGGUGGACUGGCAGGACACGAGACACGACCCCUACAGAGCAGUGAAGCCUCAGACGACGCCCAGGAAAGGUUUCACCGGGAAAGGAAAGAACAUCACCACCAAACACGACGAGGUGACCUGUGGACGCAAGAACACGGCGCGCAUGGACAACUUUGCUCCAGAGGUGCACGUUGGUGACGGGUUGGGGAUGGACCUGAAGUUGUCCAACCAGGUGUUCAACUCCCUGAAGCAGCACUGCUACAGCGAGCAGAAACGCAGCGCCAGACUGCACGACAAGAAGGAGCACUCCACCGCCGAACAAGCCGUAGACCCUCGCACUCGUCUGCUGAUGUACAAAAUGGUGAACGCCGGCGUUCUGGAGAACAUCAACGGCUGCAUCAGCACCGGGAAAGAGUCGGUGGUGUUCCACGCCGACGGAGGAAGUCUGGAGGAGCAGCCCGUUCCAGACGAGGUGGUGCUGAAGGUCUACAAGACGACGCUCAACGAGUUCAAGAACAGAGACCGCUACAUCAAAGACGACUACCGCUUCAUCGAUCGCUUCAGCAAGCUGAACCCACGCAAGGUCAUCCGUCUGUGGGCCGAGAAGGAGAUGCACAACCUGACCAGGAUGAAGAAGGCAGAGAUUCCGUGUCCGGAGGUGGUGCUGCUGAAGAAACACAUCCUGGUGAUGUCGUUCAUCGGUAAAGACCACAUCCCUGCUCCCAAACUCAAAGACAUCGUUCUGGGCUCAGAGGACAUGAAGAACGCCUUCUACCAGGUCCUACACGUGAUGCAGCAGAUGUAUCAGGAGUGUAAUCUGGUUCACGCUGAUCUCAGUGAAUACAACAUGCUGUGGCACGAAGGAAAGGUGUGGCUGAUUGACGUCGGUCAGUCCGUCGAGCCGACCCAUCCUCACGCUCUGGAGUUCCUCUACAGAGACUGCAGGAACGUUUCCACGUUCUUCCAGAGGAGAGGAGUGAGCGAGGCCAUGAGUGCCUGCGAGCUGUUCAACACUGUGAGCGGCCUGAACAUCCCUGUUGGUGAAGAAGAAGAAGCAGAGUUCCUUUCUGAGAUCGUGGCGUUGGAGAAGAGGAACGAGGAUCACGUGCAGCGGCGAGGAAAGAAAACGUUUCCUGUUUCCUGUGAGGACGGCGAUCCUGGCGAACCCGACGCUGACGACUAACCCCCCCACCCGGCUCGCUCUCUCUUCACGAUCCCACCGUGAUGAAAACAAGCUGUAAAAGAGGAGACGAAUGGAGGAGGCCCCGCGGCUCCUCCUCGCCUCCAACCAUGUCACCACCACCAACUGCUUCCUUUAAACGGGCCGACGGAGCCCCUCCUCCUGGCUGCAGGGGGGCGGAGCUUCAGUGCGUUAUAUGUUGAAGUCAGAGCGUCCUGAGAGGAACCGGCGGGGUUUUCUAACGUCGAGACCACAACUCACAUCGUCCCGCUCAUAUCGGCCCUCAUGUCGUCUUUAUUACUGCGUCUGUGUUUUUUAAAGAAUCGCAGUAAGAAAUGCUAAAGGAGGAACGAGACAGUCUGUCCGGCUGGACGGCUCCAUCAGUGUAAACAGACUCUGAGAGGGUUGUGUUCAAUUCUACCUUUGUGACGAUGCAUUUAAUGUCAGGAAUAUGAAUGAAUUUGGGGAAAUGAUGCAGAAGACAACAUAUAGUUCUUCUUUUUUGUGAUGGAGUAGGUGUUAAAGAAAUGAACUAAGAAAAAGAGCAAAUAAGCACACAAAAAACAGCUGAAAUGUCUAAAUAUGUAGGAAAAUGUGACAUAAAUAUAGUUUCAAAUUAGUAAAAAAAGAUGUUGUUAAAUCUUGAAAACAUUAAUUUGAAGGUAAAAUUCAGUACUUGACAGUUAAAAAAUUCAAUGAUAAAAAGAAAUAUCUUUAUUAUUAUUUUAUAAUAUUAUUAUUAUUAUUUAAAAUAAUAUUAAUAACUUUAUUUACACAGUACUUUUCAAAAUAAAAUGUUGUACAUUGCUCUACAUGAUUGAACCAGGAUUGAAACAUUUAAUAACUGCAUUAAAUCAGACAAAAUAAUACCAACAAAAAAAUAAUAAAAUAAAAUAAAACGGAUAAUGCAUAAAAAAAGAUUUAAGGUUCACUUUAAGGCCGUGGCGGGAGGAGGGGUCAAAGGUCACGGCUGUUUGGUUUGGUGUGAAGUGUUUGUGGAAGAUAAAAGGGUUAUUAAAUGAUUUGGUAACUCUUGAAGCACAAAAAAAAAAAUAAA